AUGAAAAAAUGGAUUGAUAUCAUUCAGAGUAUUGCAGCAAUUUUCUCAAUAUUAUUGAACGUUGUUCUAAUAAUUCUUAUCAUCAAGAAAUCUCCAAAAGAACUUGGAACUUAUAAAUAUUUACUGCUUUUCAUUGCAUGGUUUGAAAUUUUCUACUCACUUUUGGAUGUUAUUCUAUCUCCAAUUGCAUUUUCACAUGAUUCCAUAUUUCUUAUGAUUGUUUCAGUCAAAAAUUCAAUAUUCUCUAAAGAUGUUCUAUUUCUCCUAGAUUCUAUAUUUUGUGCAUUUUUUGGAGUUUCAAUGGGAAUGUUUGCAGUUAACUUUAUAUAUAGAUUUUUUGUUGCAACUGGAUCAGAAAGAUUGAAAUCUUUCAAAGGAGCAUGGAUAAUUUGUUGGCUGAUGAUUCCUUGUAUAUAUGGAGGUAUUUGGGGUUUAUUAUGUUACUCUGUUUUAGGACCAACUGUUGAAAUAAACGAACAAAUCAGAACAGAUAUACUUUUGAUAUUUGAUUGGUCGGUUGAAGAUAUCACAUAUCUCGGACCGUAUGUUUAUCAAAAACAACAUAAUGGAUCAUAUAUUAUUGAUAUAAAUUCAAUUAUUGCUAUUUUCAUCGCUUUUGGAAUAAUUGUUUCAUCAUUGAUUGCAAUAUUUUAUUGUGGAAUCAAAUGUUAUAUGAAUCUUGAAAUACUGAUGCCAGAUAAUAAAUCGAAUCGUUUCAAAAAUUUACAGUCUCAAUUAUUUUUUGCUCUUGUAACGCAAACUCUUAUUCCAGUUAUUCUUCUACAUCUUCCAAUAUCAUUGAUUUUCAUUUUCACUUUGAUGGAAAAAAAUUUAGGAUCUUUGAGCGCCAUUGUUUCAGUAACUAUUGCCUUAUUUCCAAUGUUAGAUCCUCUUCCAACUAUUUUCAUUGUUAAAAGUUAUCGCGAAGCUAUUUUCAGUGAGUGGAAAAUUAAAAGUAAAGAACAUAAAAAUAAACAUUAAUUUUUAUAGGUUUCUUUCGAAAUGUUUUUUGUUUUUGGAAAAUACCAUCUUACAAUUAGAAAAUUCGGAAUAAUCAUUCUUCUUCAAAAAACCGUAGAAUAGAAAACCAAUACAAUGUAAUUAUAUUUAUAAGUAAAAGUAGUGUAACCUAUUGAUUUAGCCUAAAUUGAAUUAUGCCUUCUAUAUCAUGAUUGAAUAAUGAAAGGAAUUCUAGUUUUCAAUUGUUGUUUUCUGUUUUUAUCUUUAAGUUUUUGAAAAAUGGUUCAGUCAUCCUCAAGAGGAUGUGAAUGCACCACAAAUGCGCCAUGAUGUAAAAGAUUGA